GCUUUUUCCUGGAAGAUGCCUAAGCAAGGUUUGAACAAGCACGUUGUCUUGACUUUUCAAGGUUAGAUGCAAGUAUAAAACGGCAAUCUCGGCCGAGAAAACAACAACCAGCUCGCGAAUCUUUGCUUGUCUAUCAUAUAGAGAGAGAGAGAGAGAGAGAUCAUAGAGAGCUAAAAGAAGAGAGAGAGACAGAUUUAGUAGCAAAAGCAAGAAAGAAGAAAGAAGAAGAAGCAAGAGAAGAUGGUGAGAGCACCAUGCUGUGAGAAGAUGGGGUUGAAGAAGGGUCCAUGGACGCCUGAAGAAGACCAAGUCUUGAUCUCUUUCAUCCAGAGGAAUGGCCAUGGAAAUUGGAGGGCUCUUCCCAAGCAAGCUGGACUCUUGAGAUGUGGGAAGAGUUGCCGGCUUCGGUGGAUAAAUUAUCUGCGGCCCGAUAUAAAGAGAGGAGACUUCAGUAGGGAAGAAGAGGAAACAAUCAUUAAGUUGCAUGAAAUGCUUGGAAACAGGUGGUCAGCUAUUGCAGCAAGAUUGCCGGGGCGCACAGACAAUGAAAUAAAAAAUGUGUGGCACACACAUUUGAAGAAGAGGCUCCAACAAAAUCAAGUCAUGCCGGCGACGACAAUGGCGAACAACAAAUCAUUCAAUUCAGAUUCUUCUGAGGCAACGGUACCGGGAUUGUUGGAAAGUUCGAUCCGUGCUCCGACAUCGCCUGAACCUUCUUCGAGCGAAAUGUCCUCUGUCACGGAAGCUUCGACGUCCAUACAAACUGGAGACGUGAACAACGUCGAGAUCAAGGGCGAGGACAUGGAAUACUCCAUGGAGUCGUUCCCUUUAAUCGACGAGAGCUUUUGGUCAGACGACUCAGGGUUUUUACUCGAUGGGUACUCUAGCAACUUGUCCGAACUCUCCGGCAUCAACGUAGAUGCGCAAGCUCAGUACGCGGUGGCUCCGAUGGCUAAUAAUGUGCAAGAAUGGCCUUGUGACGGUCUAAGCCGCGUCGAUAAUGGAAUGGACUUUUGGUACGAUCUUUUCAUAAGAGCUGGGGGUGCAGAAGAAUUGCCAGACUUCUGAAGAGAGCGAAAAACAGAGAACGCAAAACAAAACAAAUAGAAUUGAAGGGCUUUGGCGGCUAGGCAAAUUUGGAAUUUGUGGGGUAGUAUUCAUUUUUCUCCUUUGACCGUUACUAAAGGGAAAGCUACAAUUUUUCCCAACGUGGGGGCAACAAUGUUGCUUCUUAAGUCCAAUAGCCGUCGGACAAGUCAAAAGAGGGGAGGCCUUUCUGGUGGAGAGGAUUGAAUUCAAUCCUGUUCAACACAUUGGGAGUUUCCACUAGUUCACUUUUACAGUGAGAAGACACAAAUGUUGACCUAGGAAUAGGGCUUUGAUAGAGAGUUUUAAAAGCAUUUGUCGUUUCUCAUUAGAUGAUAGAUGUUAGCAUCUGACAAUUUCAUUCGGAUUUGUUCUCCUUUCCAAACAAGAUUGAGAAUGACUAGGUUCAAUUUACAUGUGCCAGAAAUAGUGAAGAGCAAAUUCUUUGGGGUUUUUACCCAAGUGUAACAUUUUGAUUC